ACAAGGCUCAGCUUGUCCUCCCACAACCAAACCCUCAUCCUGCCCAAACUUGCAGGAUGCUGGGGGAACCGGAGUGUGCCCCCCAUGCCGAUCUGCUGCCGAGCCCCCCGGGAUGCUCAGUGCUGCUUUCACCCGUGGGCAGCAGCAGCAGCGAGGGGCGCUGGGCUGGUGCCAGAGCUGCGGGAACUGGGUGCUGUGGGAAGAGGUGCCACGGAGCUCUGCUCCAUCCCAACCCCCGCCCCGGCCUCCUGCAUCCCACACGCUAAUUGCUGCUCUUUUUUCUUUUCUUUCCAAGGCAGCGGCUUCUGCUGGAACAAGUGCUGGGGAGGGGGGGGCUGUGGGGAUGGCUUGGGAGGGAACGGGGUCAGUGACAGGGAAAGAGCACAGGAAUGCUCCCCCUGGGGCCAUGCAGGGAUGGAUGGGGUCGCUGUGGCAGGCUAACUUGCAGGUCACUCCAGGGCCACCUGCCAGCGUUGUGCAGGGCACUGGCUCUGUGGGGAUGGCGGUUGUGGUCUUGCUCUAACUCCAGAAUUGUGAAGGUUCCUUCUCCCUGCUCCCACAGCAGUGGCUCUAGUUUGGGGGCUAGUUCUUCAGAAAAACCCCAAGUUCCUCAUCAGUGGACUGAUGGUAUUCCCCAGUUUUCUUGCUGCUCAGUGUCCACGUUCUUUCUUUUUCCCUCUGCAUUUUGGUUCUCCCCCUUCCCCAUGCAGCGCUGGGUUCUUCCCCCUCCUCUCACCAACACCUUUAUCAAGGCUCAGAUUGGAUUUUCAGUCUGGUUCAUGGAGAAAUGUGAGUUCAGACUGAGCAGGACUGAAGUGCAGGGAGGAGGUCAAGCGAGCGCUUAAACCCUUCAGAUCCUGGUUUGGUUACAUCUUUAAGUGCUUUGCAGCCUCAAGCUCGGUAGAUAUUUGUGAGCUUGGCCUGGAGUGGAGUGUGUCACUCGCUGGAAGGGACACUGGGAUGCCACUGAGCGUGCAGAGCAUGGCUGUGCUGCCACGGGACCUGCCACGGCUUUGGCAAUUCCCUGGAGGAGGGACAAGGCAGGCAGGACUGAGAGCACACGUGUGCACACCAGCACGUGUGUCUGGGCUAGCUCCCAGUCACCCUUGUUCUGCUCCAGGCCCUGGCACUCACUGCCAGCUGCUCCUCUGGGGCUGAACACUCUUUUUUGGGUGUUUCAGCCCUGCUGAGCCUUCCUCACCUUCCCAGUGCCAGCACAGUGGGGAAGGCUGCUCCAAGGGGAAGCCUGUGGGUGUUCCUGUACUGGUGGGACCAUUUGUGUGUGUGCCAGUCCCACCAGUGACACCGAGAGCUUCUGCUGGUGCUGAUGAGGAGCUUGAUGGGAUCCCCAGUGUGGUGCUGGGGUUGCUGUCACCGCUGCUGUCACCGUGCCACUGUCGCUUGUGCCACCACAGCCGAGCCCCAGCUGGGGUUUGCAGGGCCCUAAUCCCAUUUCCCUUGUGUCUCUUUCAUCUCCAGUCGGACCAGGAGAGUGGUAAUAGACCUUCUUACUAAAUUAAAUGCGCACGCUGCUCCUGGAGGCACGGUGCGCUUCAACCCUAGCUGAUUUCCCAGCCACAGCAGCAUGGUGCCUCCGGGGAAAAAGCCAGCUGGGGAAACUUCCAAUUCCAACAAAAAGUGCAAACGCUAUUUUAAUGAGCACUGGAAGGAGGAGUUCACCUGGCUGGAGUUUGACUAUGAGAGGAAGCUCAUGUUUUGCGCGGAGUGCCGGCAGGCCCUGGUGAAGAACAAGCACGGGAAAGCGGAGAACGCUUUCACCGUGGGCACCGACAACUUCCAGCGGCACGCGCUGCUGCGCCACGUCACCUCGGGUGCCCACCGCCAGGCGCUGGCCGUCAACCGCCAGCAGCUGGCCUUCGACACCCCCCGUGCCGGCCACCCCGAGCUGCGCUCGCUCAUCAAGGUGGAGGUGAACCCGGCCAAGGUGGCCGUCCUCACCACGGUCUACUGGAUGGCCAAGGAGGAGAUGCCCGAUGAGAAGUGCUCCUCCCUGCUGAGCUUGCAGAAGUUCAACCUGUGCCAGGCGCUGCUGGCAUCGGAGCACAGCGAGUUCUACCACCCUGGCAGCGUCAGGGAGAUGCAGGCAGCCAUUGCCAAAGUCCUCCACAACGAGGACAGGCACAGGAUCAAAGCCUCGCCGUUCAUUGGGCUGGUGGUGGACGAGACAGUGGACGUCCUGGAGCACCGCAGCCUCGCCGUGUUCACCACCACUGUCUCCCCCUGCAACGGGCAGACCUCCACCACCUUCCUGGGCAGCUUCGAGCUGCCUGCAGGGGAGGCCUCCACGGUGGCAGGCAAGGUGGGCGAGGUGAUGCGCUCCUUUGGCAUCCCCAGCAUGAAGCUCACCUGGCUCAGCGCUGACAGUGCCUCGCUGGUGGCCGAGCGGCUCAGCGGGGUGGGGACAGCGCUGAGCUCGCUCUGCCCGCUCCUCACUGAGGUGCACUGCCUGUCCCACGGCACCUCCCUGCUGCUGGCCGAGAGCAUCAGCACCAUCGAGUACCUCCAGAAGUAUGAGACCACUGUGGAUGCUGUGUAUAGGCUCUACUCCAGCUUCCAGGGGGAAGGGGAGAGCCUGCAGGAGCUGCGGAGGGUCCUGGACCUUUGUGAGAUAGACCUUGGGAGCCCCAAAGCCAUCCACUGGACCUCUAUCUUCCCAGCUGUAGAAGCCAUUGACUCCUCGUGGCCCACGCUGGUGCUGCUGCUGGAGAGCCAGGCAGAGUGCUCACCUGUGGCCCGUGGCCUCUGCGAAGAGCUCAAGAAGUUCCAGUUUGUGGCCUUCACCAAGAUCCUUCUGGACGUCCUCCCCAUCUUCCAGAAGCUCAGUCGUUUCUUCCAGAUUGAGGAUUUUGACCUCUCCAUCUUGAAGCCCAUAGUCUCAGCCACGGCUACCACGCUGCAGGCCCAGCAGAGCACCAGUGGCCAGAACCUCCAGGAGUUCCUCAGAGAGAUGAACAAGCACCCACAGGACGGCCGGGAGGGUGAGAGCCGCCUCUACUACAAGGGUGUUGAACUUGCCAACUGCUCCCAGGUGCACUUGAAACACUUUGAGCACCUGAAGGACAGCUACCUGGAGAAGGUACGGGGCAACCUGCUGGACAGGUUCCCCAGCAGCGUCCUGGAGGCCAUCAGCUCCUUCUCUGCCAUCUUCAACCCCAAGUGCUACCCUCAGUCUCUGGAGGACAUUGGCAGCUACGGGGUGAGCGAGCUGAAUUUCCUGCUGCGCGUGUACUCGCGGGUGGUGGUGAGCGAGAGGGCCCUGAGCGACUUUCCCCUCUUCAAACGCAUCGUCUUCAGCCUCAGCCAGCUCUCCUUCAAGGACCUGUGUGUCAAGCUGGUCUACAGCAGCUCUGAGAUGCACGAGCUCUUCCCAGACUUUGCUGUCCUGGCUGCUAUAGCCCUGGCCUUGCCGCUGGGCUCGGUGCUGGCCGAGAAGAUCCGCCGGGGCCGGGAGCUGCUGCAGCGUGGCCGCUCACGCCUCGCCAGGGACCAGGGCCUCUCUGACCUCAUGAAGAUCGCCAUCGACGGGCCAGCCAUCAGCGAGUUCAACUUUGCCUUGGCCAUCGAGUGCUACGAGAGCAUGAGGGAGUCUGGGUUCAUCGUGGCACAGGUGAAGUGAGCGGGGCUGCUUUGGAGCCCUUGGGGCAGCCCCCAGGGCCAGCUCAACACUGCCUUUCCACGUCACUGGGCACUGCUGGGGCUGGGCAGCUGCACUGGAUGGUGACCUGCUCUGUGCUGGGAAGAGAAAACAGGAUCCUCAUGCCCCAAACCUCUGUUUGAAUCACCCAGAAUUCAGAAUCCUGAGGCCACCCAAGAUCCCGAAUUGCGACGAGUUUUUUCCAAGGGUUUGUCAUCAUUUUGUUUUGGGGAGAGGAAGGCAAAGCUCUUGAGCUCAAAUGUCACGUUGCCUUUGCACAGAGAUACCCGGCAGCUUUUGCUUAAUUCUCUGCAAAAAUAUGGGAUUUUUGUUAUUCUGGAGCCUGGAGAGUGAAUGCAGAAAAGGCAGCACAUCCUCCAAGCUCUGCGCCGACCCCAACAUGCCUGGCGGUGUCGUGUUGGUGUUCCUUGCACACAGCACAGGGUAUUUUUAGCAGUGGCAUCAAGUCAUGAUCAUUUCAAGAGCAAGAGAUUUAGGGAAUGAUGUUGUAAUGGCUGAGGAAAUGUUAACUUUAAAUGCAUCAUUGUGUACAUAUCUGUAUGUGUGUAUAUAUAUAUAUAAAUAUACAUAUAUAAAUAUCUAUAUUAAAAAGGUCUAUCUUAA